AACCAAUCUAUGAACAUCGCCUACCGCUGAUGGUGCAUUUGACUGAGGUGAAAGACCUGGAGAUGCAGCGACAUGAUGAUGACUACGAGCGAUGAUUAAACCUGACCUUCCAAGGCGCAGAAUUGCCAUCAGCUAACCAUAAGAAUUCGCCGUGUCAAAUCUUCCUCCUCGAAAGCGCACACAGCUCUCAAGAUGGAGCGCUUCAACCCUUCUUCGCCACAAGGAAAACUGGUCGAUACUUGCCUUCGAGCAUUUUGCGAUUCGGAUAAGCUCGCUGGGCUACUGCAAGACGAGUCAGAAAUGAAGACCGUGCUCCGUGCCUGUGGUUCUCCAAUCAUCAAACUUUUGCUUCAUCUCAGCAACGCCAUUAAGAAUCGCGAGGGCGAUUUUGAUCUUGUCAUACAAAGACUAGAUGAUCUCAUCGCUCUAGCGACGGAAAAGUUCUACGCUUUCCCGUUCAAAGAUGUUCCUCCUUGCUGGCGAGAUCUCUUUCGAGAGGCCAGUUUCCUGAAGUUCUCGGCGCUAGCUGUCAAAAAGAGUUGGAUGCAACAAAACGGCAACUUGGAUCUUCAGCCUCUGAGUGGCGAACAAAUGGAUGAGAUGGUAAACACCAUCGAUAUGGCUCUCAUCAUGGCGGGCCCGCCAGCAUCAAGUGAUAGCCAGGAGCAGGUCAAAUCAGUAUUUGACCAUCUGCAGGAGAUUCACAUAGAGUCGAUUCAGUCCCCAGAGGAUUACCCCCUAAGGAAACGACGAAAGCUUGAUGAAGAGAACAAGUUAUGGCAAGAUGGAUUCCCAAAAUCCGAGGCUUUCGAACCACCUGUCUCAAAUCCAAUUUCGAAGUGGAAUGAGCCAUCAUUUGGCGAUUUCGAGAAGCACAUGCUGCACCCGAAUAACACCAAUAUUGGACCAGAACCAGUCAUCAUCAAAGGAGCUCUAAAUCACUGGCCGGCUCGCAACGGCCGCCCAUGGAAGAGCCCAUCGUAUCUUCUCUCGAAAACCAUCGGCGGACGAAGAUUGGUCCCCAUCGAACUUGGCAGGAGCUAUGUAGACGAAGGGUGGGGCCAAAAGAUCAUCACUUUCAAGGAGUUCAUGGGCCAUUAUAUCUUGGAUCCGGAAUCAUCAGCUCUUGCUACGGGAUACCUUGCACAGCAUGAUCUAUUUGCCCAGAUUCCGUCUUUACGAGAAGAUAUUGCGAUUCCAGAUUACUGUUUCACUUCUCCCCCGCCGCCUCACUAUUCAUCACCUUUGGCCGAGAAGUAUUCUAGGUUGGCUCAACUCGAUGAGCCAUUACUAAAUGCCUGGUUUGGACCAGCGGGUACGAUCAGUCCGCUCCAUACGGACCCGUAUCACAACAUCCUGUCUCAAGUUGUGGGGAGGAAGUACGUCAGGUUAUAUGCACCCAAGGAGAGCGAGAAGCUGUACGCCAGAGGAGUCGAGGAUGGAGGCGUGGAUAUGGGCAAUACGAGUGCAUUGGAUAUUGGAGUUUUGGCGGGAUGGGAUGGCAGCGAGGAAGAGAAGAGGGAAGCACAAGAAAGGUUUCCGCUCUUUCGAGAAGCGGAGUUUGUGGAUUGCAUACUGGAAGAAGGAGAGUGUCUGUACAUACCCGUGGGCUGGUGGCACUAUGUUAGGAGCUUGAGCGUUAGUUUCAGUGUGAGCUUCUGGUUUAACUGAAAAUCAUAUCAGCAACCACUUGGCCCACUUUUCACCAGAGCGUUGGAAGACGUCGAGGCUAGGGAAUUCAUCCCCUUUCCGCUCCCAUGCUCUUUAGAACGAUCUGGAAGACGGGAAGCACAAAGUCUGUGGACUUGUUUGGCUGUGAAACAUGCC